CCACCAGCUCUCAGAUCCCAGCUCCCAGUCCUAGAGACAGCGACUCCCGAACUCCUCAGCUGAAGCGAUCCUCUCCUUCUCCCAGCGACGUCGAACGGCGAUCCUCAACUCUUUAUGAUCGAAACCAUGUCCGCAAAACACUUUGUCAAUGAUGCCACGCAUCUCGUGAAUUCGGCUCUCCAAGCCCUCACCAUAACAAAUCCUUCUGUUGCUCUCGAUGCCGAGAACAAGAUCAUCUACAGGAGACCCGGCCAUGCCCCACAAGUUUCCAUCAUCUCUGGCGGUGGUAGCGGCCACGAACCUAGCUUUGGAGCCUUCGUAGGUGAAGGAUUGCUAUCAGCUUCGGUGGCGGGAACUAUAUUUGCCUCCCCGAGCGCAGAGCAAAUCCGGAGAGCCAUAAUGUCCAGAGUCGACGCCCAGAAGGGGAUCCUAGUCACCGUCAUGAAUUAUACUGGCGAUGUGCUGAAUUUCGGAAUGGGCGUUGAGAAGGCGAAGGCCGCCGGUAUGAAAGUGGAGAUGUUGGUCGUUGGUGAUGAUGUUGGUGUUGGACGUGCCAAGGCUGGGAAGGUGGGAAGAAGAGGAAUUGCUGGCACAGUCCUUGUGCAUAAGAUCUCGGGAGCCUUGGCUGCAACAGGAGCAAGUCUGGAAGAUGUCUACAAGGUUGCCAAGCUGACGGCUGAGAAUAUCGUUAGUGUUGGUGCCUCGCUGGAUCAUGUCCAUGUGCCAGGGAGAGCUCCACCUGAUCCGAAUUCCUCGGAGAAAUUGGCUGAUGGGGAAGUCGAAAUUGGAAUGGGUAUUCACAAUGAGCCCGGAAGUGGGAGAGAGAAGGUUGAGCUACCCAAAUUGGUAGAGCGGAUGCUUCAGCAACUCUUGGAUCAGAAAGAUAAAGAUCGAGCAUUUCUGCGGGUCAAUUCGAAUGAGGUCGUACUCUUGAUCAACAACCUUGGUGGAGUCAGUGUCCUGGAACUGGGAGGGAUCACUGCUGAGGUCGUGGGCCAAUUGGAGAAAAACUAUAAUAUUAAACCUGUUCGAGUCUUGUCUGGCACAUAUAUGACAAGUCUCAACGGCCUCGGAUUUAGCAUCUCUAUUCUCAACGUUGUGAACACAAAUAUCGGAGGCCCUAGCAUGUUGCAAUUGUUGGAUGCCCCAUGCGAAGCUACUGGGUGGGCGGCGCCAGUUAAGAAGGAGACUUGGGAGGCCAAGUCAAGUCAGGUUCGGGAUGCAUCAGCAUCAGCCGUGGAUGAAAUCCAAGCCAGUGGAUUGAAGAUCGACCCAGAAGCCGAAAAGGCGGCAUUGAUUUCUGGUCUGGAAAGACUUAUUGCUGCUGAGCCAGCGGUGACGAGAAUGGACACAGUUGUUGGGGAUGGGGAUUGUGGGAUUGGUUUGAAGAGAGGAGCAGAAUCGGUUCUCAAAAUGGUCUCACAAACAAAACUAUCCGGCGAUGCGGUCGUGGACCUCAGCAAGAUCGUCCAAGUUGUUGAAAACACAAUGGAUGGGACUUCAGGGGCACUCUAUGCCAUCUUCCUGAACUCACUGGUGCACUAUCUUAGACAACAGGCUUCGGCCGGAGUAGCAACAGCAAAAGUCUGGGGAACUGCAUUGAAGCAGGCCUCGGAAGCUCUAUCACGGUAUACACCAGCGCAGCCUGGCGAUCGAACACUGAUCGACGCGCUCCAUCCUUUCAUUGAAGUUCUCAACGCUUCAGGGGAUUUCAAGAAAGCAGCAGAAGCAUCCAAAAAAGGGGCUGAGGGCACAAAGGGCAUGAAAGCCAGUUUGGGUAGGACUGUCUAUAUUGGUGGAUCUGGCUUUGAGCAGGUCCCCGAUCCUGGAGCGUGGGGUUUGAGCGAAUUGUUCCUUGGUCUUGCGGGUGUAAAAUCCUCGGAGCCGGAUUAUGAGAUGGUAUGAGACUUCGUGAUGGCUUGACGACUCUAACUUCAUGGACAUUGCACGAACUUUUUGUUCCGUUACAACAUAAAUAUAUCCAGUUUCAUAUUUUCUUGGAGGAGUCUUUCUCGAGUGAAAUAUCAAAUCUAACAAGCACCCGCUCUGGAACGAAUAGUACAUAUAUGAUACAAUUGACAUACUUUCAUACACCAUCUCAUUACCUUCUGAGCCAAGAAUACUUGGGGCCCGAAUGUCUUGCCUCCCAACCUCUGGCCUUCUGCUUAGGCUUGAGAGGCUCGAUCUUCUUUCUCUUGAACUCGAUAUCUGCACCUUCAAUUCCGGCUCUGUGCAUAACACCAGCAGUUCCCUCGUCCCACA